UACUACUACUCUAUGACUGAUUGUAAACAGUAUUUGAAUUAAUAAUACAAUCAAUCAAUCAAUCAAUUAGUUUAUCAAAUCAAUUGAUUUAAUUGUUUGUUUGGUUUAUAACUAUCACCAGUAAAGUGAUCACCAAUUGGUCUUGAAAUAAGACAACAACAGAAAUAUGGUUACCGAUGAUUACAAGCAAAAGUUGGCCGAAUGUCCCGCCGGCGGCGGAGGCAGUGAUCACUACCACCACCACCACAGCGACAACGGUAUCAAUGAAAUUACCGAUUCAUUGAAUGGCCAACAAUUGAUGGACAAACAACUGAAGAAAAAGAAGAAAAAUAAUAAUAAGAAGACUCUGGAAGAAGAAGGAGGAGAACAACAGCAGAUGUUCAGCAAUGAUGACAACAACAACAAUACCGAUACUAACGGUGCCAUUGAUAGUGACGCCAAUCAAUUGUUGGCGAAUAAUGGCCGACCAGAAGAUGGUGACGACGACGGCGGCGAUGACAGCAAAGAGACGACAACUAUAGCCAGUCAGCAGAUGAAGAAGAAGAAGAAGAAUAAUAAGAAGAAAAACAAACCAAAGUCUACGACUGAGACGACCACUUCUAAUGGUGACGGCGGUGGCGUCGGCGGUGGACAUAGACAGCAAACUACUCCGCCAACAGUGGCCAUUGCCGAUCUGUUUCCCGAUACUGAGUUUCCCAUUGGCCAAGAAAUGGACUAUCCUGUACCGCGUGAUAGUCAAACGGCGUCCAAUCGUAUGACAUCGGCCGAAAAGAAAGUCCUGGAUAUGGCCAACACUGAGAUCUACAAAGAGCUACGACUGGCGGCCGAAGCCCAUCGUCAGACCAGACAGUAUAUGCAUACUGUUAUCAAACCGGGACUAACGAUGAUUCAGAUUUGCGAAACACUUGAGGAAACGGCACGUAAAUUGAUUGGCGAAAAAGGCCUCGAAGCUGGUCUGGCCUUUCCAACCGGUUGUUCGCUGAAUCAUUGCGCCGCACACUAUACGCCCAACGCUGGCGAUCCGACUGUCCUACAGUACGACGAUGUAUGCAAAAUUGAUUUCGGCACUCAUAUUAAUGGACGGAUUAUCGACAGCGCCUAUACCGUUACGUUCAACAAUAAAUAUGAUAAACUGCUGGAAGCGGUCAGAGAUGCCACCAAUACUGGCAUCAAAACGGCCGGAAUCGAUGUCCGACUUUGCGAUGUCGGCGAAGCUAUUCAAGAGGUUAUGGAGUCUUAUGAAGUGGAAAUCGAUGGCAAAGUUUAUCCAGUUAAAUCAAUUCGCAACCUAAGUGGCCAUUCAAUUGGUUCGUAUCGAAUACACGCUGAAAAAAUGGUACCGAAUGUCAAAGGAGGCGAACAGACAAAAAUGGAGGAAGGAGAGUUGUAUGCAAUUGAAACGUUUGGAAGUACUGGCAAAGGCUAUGUUAACGACGAUAUGGAGACAUCACAUUACAUGAAGAACUACGAUGUCGGACACGUACCGCUUCGUUUGGCCAAAUCUAAGCAACUAUUGAAUGUGAUUAACCAGAACUUCGGUACACUAGCAUUUUGUCGCCGAUGGUUGGAUCGUUUAGGUCAGACACGGUAUCUAAUGUCGCUGAAAGAUCUGUGCGAUAAGGGUAUUGUCGAUCCAUGUCCGCCACUGUGCGACCAAAAGGGCAGUUAUACGGCACAGUUUGAACACACAAUCAUAUUGAGACCGACCUGUAAGGAAGUGGUCAGCCGAGGCGAUGACUAUUAGUAUUUUUAAUUUGAUUUUUUAAUUAUUUUUUUGGAUACUCUUAUUAUUAUUUCUAUUAUUUUUUUAUUAGUAGUAUAAUUAUUAGUACAGUUUAGAGUCAUCAACAAAUAUCUAUAUAUUAAAAAAAAAAAUUGAAAUU